AUGAGUAAAGGGAAAAAUACGCCAGAACACGAGAACGUCUUGGCCGAGUUGCUACCCGACGAGGACAUCGUUGAUUAUGAACUAGAAGAUGAAUCAUACCAUGAAAAACUAGAUGAUUUCGAAGAUACGACAACUUCCGUCAUGGUCUCUGAAAAACUGGAGAAUAACAAAAAAGAAAUGCCGCUCUUUAUUAAAGGUUUAGAGGACAACAAAAAGAACUUGCCAAUCAAAACUAAAAAUUUAGGAGAUAACAAAAAAGACAUACUAAAUAUUACUAAAGAUUAUAAUAAAAAGGACAAAUUUACUACACUUACCCAAUCAUCAAAUGAGGUAAGCAAGAAACCUACGGAAGAAGAUCGUAGAAGACGUAAAGCCGAAUCUGAUGACGAUAUUGAACCAAGAAGCUCUCGGCAAUCAAAGAGAGCGAGACAAAGUGUAAAACCUCAAGUCGGGCCUACCAAGAAAGAUGUCGAAGCAUCUCAACGUGAAUCACACAAACCAAGACAUGCCUCAAGCAGGCAGGAUCAGUUCGAUGUUGACCGCUUUCGCACUCCGCAGACACCUGAUGGCUCCCCGCGAUCUAAACGUUAUAACUCAUCUAAUGAUUAUUCACGAGUCCGAGAAAAUGCUCACAUUUCCAUCAAUCAUCGUGCUCGCGCCCAUGAAAAUUUCACUCGAAGCAGAAUUUUUCGAUAUGAAGAUAAUCAAAAAGGUCGAGUUGAUAAACCUUUUAAUCCUCCUCCCCAAAGUAGUUCUUCCGGAAAAAUCAUCUCAUCGGAUAAACGGGAAAUCGAAAAUGGACAUAAGGAUCGAUUACAAAAACAAAGCACUUUUGAUAAUCAUGAGAUUACUAAAAAUCCGCCAAAAACAUUGGCCAAGGGGGAAAUUGGAACUAUACUUCCCAGUACAAAUUUGCAUAGUUCAAGAUCUAGUAAUGACGCAAUCCUAAAG